UGCACCUACAGGAGGAGAGAAUAUAUGAGAGCAGAACCUGAGGAGGUUUUAUUUCACAGAGACACCAAACAGCUGGAGAAUGAGGAGGCCUGAACCUCCUGAGCAGAACCGGAGCAGUUUCAUUCAAUCAUUGUUCUGAUGAUGACGACGUCCCAGACAGAAACAUCUGAACUAACAUUAACACUGAUGUUGGAUACUGGGAUCAUGUUAGUGAAGCAAACGACCAAAACAAAACUGAGGAAAAAAGGUGGAGAUCAGCGAAGUGAACAGAGGAGCAGAGCCUGCUGGUGGAGGAGAAGAGAGGAGUGUUAAAGUUCUGCUCAGAGUCUGGAGAAGAAACUGGAGGCCCUGCAUUGCCACUUUACCUGGGACCUCAAUCCCGGAGGACCCAGGCUUCCCUGUUUAUGGAACAUCCUGCAGGACAUCGGCACUAAAGAGGGAAACUUCUGGCUGGGUCAUAUUUACAACCUGCAGGGGUUCAUCCAGUACAAGCUGGGCUCCACUGAAGAGGCCCUGAAGCUCUUCAACAAGGCCACUGAGACCUUUCAGGAAAUGAAAAAUACUGAUGAAGGUCCCUGGUUGAUGGUGAACUUUGGGAAUCUGGCUUGGCUUCACCUUCAUCUGGGUACAGAUGAGAAGAGUCAAGAUUACCUCUCAAAGGUCGAUGCUCUGAUGAGGAAAUACCCAGCUCCACCUGAGGAAGAGCUCCACCCAGAGGUCUGUGCUGAGAAGGCCUGGACCCUGAUGAAGUUUGACAAAGAAAAGAAGCUGCAGGCUGCAGAGCUCUUCAAGAAAGCCAUCCAGAAGCAGCUGGACACCCUGGAGUGGCGGAGCAGCUCUGCAAUAUUAUCAGCACAAAAUCUAGAAGACAACAUAAAGAAACUGUAUGCUGAGAGGUUGGAGAUGCUAAGAUCUGCCAGGGAACGAGAUCCAGAUAACUUAUACAUUGCUGCUCUUUAUCUGGAGGCACGAGCUGCAAAAGUAGAACACAUUCAGACUGAAGCUCGAAUGUUGGCUGAAAAGGUUCUGGAGAGGCCCGCCAGCAGCUACAGUGGAAUCAGCCCAUUACUGCGGCUGUACAGAAAUUAUAUAUCUAAAGAUGAAGCUGUUAAAUUAGCUGAGGAGGCCCUGAGGAGACAUCCUGACUCACGUUAUUUAAAAAGAUCUGCUGCAAUCUGCCACGUGAAGAAGAUCCUUUCUAAGGACUACAAACCUGAGAACAACCCAGCCCCUGAGAUCAACCGAGCCAUCGGUCUGUGGGAGAAAAUGAUGGAUGCUUAUCAAGAACCUUCUCUUAAAAAUCAAAUAACUCUAGCAGACUUAUAUGCAAAGGUCGACAAAGAGAAAGCUGAUCAGAUUUACAAAGAGCUGCUGGGAAGAGAAGACCUGGAUCCAGCAGGAAAACAGAGGCUUUACAACCACUAUGCAAAACAUUUAUACUUUAAUGGAAAGGACAGUCGUAGGUCUACUGAGUUCCACAUGAAGGCAGCAGAGAUUCCAGAAGAAUCCAACUAUCGACAGAAGAGCAUCACAGAGCUGAAGAAGACCUCAGGAAGAAACAAGGACCCUGAAAUGUGCAGGAGGAUCAAGGAGCUUCUGACCAGGCUGGGAUAUCUGCCUGAAACCCAGAAUCAGUGAAUGUUAAAGACCUGAAAUUACACUGAAGAUCAUAUAAGAUCACUAUGAUGUUUCACUUUAACGCAUAUGACUCUAGUGUCAUUUCAAAAGAUUUUAUCUCUGUAAAAUACAAUAAAAAUAUAUUAAAAUGAUAAAUAAAGACGUGUUUUAUCACAACCUUUAACUCAUUUAAAAAUCUGCAGAAUAAAAGUGUUGCUGUUGAGGAAAUAAAGAA